AUGAGGUUAAUCCUGUUUUUUUUUUUUGGUGCCCUUUUUGGGCAUAUCUACUGUUGAGAAACAUUUGUAGGAGACCAAGUUCUUGAGAUUGGGCCAAGCAAUGAAGAACGAAUUAAAAAUCUGGUGCAACUGAAGGCUGAAGAACAUUUCUAGCUUGAUUUUUGGAAAUCAUCCACCACCCCAGCGGAGACAGCCCAUGUCUGAGUUCCCUUUGUCAGCGUCCAGGCGGUCAGAGUUUUCUUGGAGUCCCAGGGAAUCGCAUAUUCUAUCAUGAUCAAAGAUGUUCAGGUUCUGUUGGACAAAGAGAAUGAAAAAAUGCUUUUUAAUCAGAGAAGAGUGGAAUGUAACUUCAAUGUUGGGGCCAACCAUACUUUGGAAGAGAUUUCUCAAGACACGGAUAAUCUCGCGGGUGAGCACCCUGGUCUAGUGAGCAAAGUGAAUAUUGGAUUUUCUUCUGAGAAGCGGCCCAUGAAUGUGCUCAAGUUCAGCACCGAAGGAAACAAGCCAGCUAUCUGUCUAGACACCGGGAUCCAUGCUCGAGAGUGGGUUACACAAGCUACCUCACCGUGGAUAGCAAAUAAGGUCAGCCUCGAUUAUGGAAAUGAUCCAUCCCCCACUUCCAUCAUGGACACCUUCGAUAUCUUGUUACUGCUAGUUACAAACCCUGAUGGAUAUGUGUUUUCUUACAGAGCAAAUCACAUGUGGCAGAAGACCCGGUCUAAGUAUCUAUCUAGAAGUCUCUGUGUCAGUGUUGAUCCUAACUGGAAAUGGGAUGCAUUUUUUGGAGGACCUGGAGUCAGUAACAACCCUUGCUCUGAUUCGUAGCGUGGACCCAGUGCCAACUCUGAAGUUCAAGUGAAAUCCCUAGUGGACCUCACCAAGAGUCAAGGAAGAGUCAAGGCCUUCAUUACCCUCCACAGCCACUCCCAGCUGCUGACGUUCCCCCAUGGGUAUAAAUGUGCCAAGUCAGAUAACUUUGAUGAGCUGAAUGACGUGGCCCAAAAGGUUGCCCAGUCUGUGACAAGCCUGCAUGGCACCAAGUACAAAGUGGGACCAAUUUGCUCAGUCAUCU